UCUUUAAAACACAGUAAGAACUAGUUGAAGAAUGACCUCCAGUGGCCUGGAGUGGGAUUAUUAUGAAUUUCAACCGAUGGAGUCCAGCUCUGUAGAGUACGCCACCCCGGGAGCUAACUCUUUCCUUCUCCCUGCCAAUACUGAGAACUCUUACUGGGAUCCCAAUGCCAUCUCUGAGUGGUCAAUGAGUAUCCACACAGCUCACACCUCAGAACUAGUCAAGGAGAAGGUUAUCCCGGUGAAGGAAAUCAAGGACGAAAAAGAUAAGAGAAACCAGAAGAGAAAGGCUAGGAAGGAACCUAGAAGAUCAGAAAAAGAGAAGGAGGGAGAGCAGACAGCGCUGCACCGGGCAGCUGUCGUAGGGAACACCGAUGUUAUAGCGACUCUGAUUCAAGAUGGGUGUGCUUUGGACAGGCAAGACAAGGAUGGGAACACUGCUCUCCAUGAAGCUUGUUGGCAUGGAUUCAGUCAGUCUGCCAAAGUGCUCGUUAAAGCAGGAGCCAAUGUUCUUGCCAAGAACAAGGCAGGUAACACACCUCUUCACCUGGCUUGCCAGAAUAGCCAUUCCCAGAGUACUCGUGUUUUGCUGCUUGGAGGAUCUCGAGCAGACCUCAAAAAUAACGCAGGAGAUACCUGUCUGCAUGUGGCUGCUCGUUAUAAUCACUUGCCCAUCAUUAGGGUGCUGCUCAGUGCUUUCUGUUCUGUCCAUGAAAAGAACCAGGCAGGGGAUACUGCACUCCAUGUAGCUGCUGCUCUAAAUCACAAGAAGGUGGUUAAGCUGUUGCUGGAAGCAGGGGCUGAUGCAUCUGUUGUCAACAAUGCAGGUCAGACCCCUCUAGAGGUUGCCAGACAGCACAAUAACCCUGAGGUUGCACUCCUCCUCACUAAAGCAUCACAGGUCUCACGCUUCAACCGUGGGAGAAGCCUGAGGAAGAAGAGAGAGAGACUGAAGGAGGAGAGGCGAGCUCAGUCGGUACCACGGGAUGAAGUGGGACAGAGCAAGGGCAGUGUCUCAGCUGCUGAGGACACGCCGAGCAGUGAGCAGCCGCCGCAGAGGAAGAGUGACCCAAAGGAUGAGCCUCAGUCCACCUCACCAGAUCCCAGAGGGAAGAAGAGCAAAAAGAAAAAGCCGAAGGAAAAGGUGUCAGCGCUCUCGGACCCCAUCUCCCCAGCUGAUCAGCAGACACUCCCUCGGCCUCAGCAGAACCUGCCCAAGCACAGGAGUAAACACCACUGCUCCUCCCCACCCCCUCCCCAUGAGGUCCGAGCCUACCAGCUCUACACUCUCUACCGAGGGAAGGAUGGGAAGGUGAUGCAGGCACCAAUAAAUGGAUGUCGCUGUGAGCCCCUGAUAAAUAAACUGGAGAAUCAGCUGGAGGCAACAGUGGAAGAGAUAAAAGCUGAGUUUGGGACAGUACAAGAUAAGAUGAACAUUAAGCUGGGCCAGAUGGAAAGCAAAACCCAACACCAACUCCGUGUUUUGGACAAGCUGAUGGCGGAGCGGCUGUCAGCAGAGAGAGCAGAGUGCCUUCAGCGCCUGCAGCAGCACGCCGAGCUGCACAAGAGCGAGGGGGAGAAGCGGCAGAUGUCCUUGGUUGAUGAGCUGAAGACUUGGUGCAUGUUGAAGAUUCAGAAUCUGGAGCUCAAGCUUUCUGGAGAUUCCAGGUCAUCAAGACCAAAAUCAACGUUGUCCACUUGUGAGUCUCUCACUGAGACCUUGGACACUGAGAACAACCCCCACAGUGCCAAGGACUGUAAAGGCAACCAGCCAGAGGGCUCUCACCAGCAUUCCUACAUCACACUUCCAAAUAGCCUCUCUGAAGAUGGGGGAAGGAGCAGAGUCCAGAUGCCAGAACAGAGCUUUGGGCAACAUUUUUGCAUUCAGCAAGAUGGUGCAUCAGGUACAACCUCAUCAGGUACAGAGCAACAGUUAAUUGUUGGCAGACCAGCCUCCUCUUCUGCCCCUGCUCAAGACGUCAGGCCAAAGGACAAAGCUGUUAGCGCCGGCACCUUCCACAGGUUCCAGCAGGAGCUGUCCUCUGCUGAGCCUUUGGGCUCCAAAUUAAGACACGUUAAGGUUCAGGCUGCUUUGCAGCCCCUGACUGAGCCUGCAAAGACUGAACCACAGAGUGGCUACUUCAUCAACAAAGGAACUCAGACGAAGAAGUCCAGCAAAAGUGGGCAGUCGAGGCACAAAGCUCUGCACCACGCCGGGGCACAUCAGAGCCAGGAGCAGCAGCCCUCUGCCCUGCCUGCAGGACAGCCACCUGCCCCACCUCCCAGAGACACCUCCCAGGCCCUAGAGAUAACACAGUACUUCUUUGAGGCUGUCUCCACGCAGAUGGAGAAGUGGUAUGAGCGGAAGAUAGAAGAAGCCCGGAGCCAAGCCAACCAGAAAGCGCAACAAGACAAAGCCGUGCUCAAGGAGCACAUCAAAAGCUUAGAGGAAGAGCUCAGCAAAUUAAGGACUAAGGUGCAGAAGGAGAGCUAGCACCUACCCAGCAGGAGAGGCAAGUGACAGGACUCAUUUUGGAGCCUGCUGUAUGGGCAUCUGAAAUGCUGACAGAUAGAUGUGUUCGCAGUGCCUGUUACGUCCAGACUCAAGGCUCUUUUUCUGGAGUAGAAAUAACUUUGGGGACUCCAGAACUGAGGAGAAUUCAUAUGCAGACUUGUCCUGAUGACAAUGAGAUGCUGCAGACUAAACACUUCCUAGUGUCCAUUAAAUAUUGCACUCUCAAUUUCCAGGUGCUGCUUGAAAGCAGACUGCAUUGGGAACCACACCUGCUUUCUGAAAAGGGAUGUUCACGUGUGGCUGGAGCGUGCCACUGAAUGCUCCCUGUGAGCACGUGGCCAUACCAGUACUGAAAUCAAUCCAGGAUGUUGGAGAGCUUCUGACAGAAAUUCCUUAGUGAUGAAGGGCUAUCAGCACUAUUUUGGCUACUCCCCAUGGCCUCUCUCUGUUCAGUGGAGAGAAGCUACAGAACUGACUCAAGCUGCAGGCCCAUGCAGGUGACAGAUUCAGGCUUCCAGCUGGGAGAGGCCAGGAUCCCACAGCGAAUCGUCCCAUUAGGUACAACAGGGGCUUUGGUUGCCACUUGGCUUUUCCUUUGGUUUUACCUUAUUAAAACAAACACUAAACUUGGAUUGGCUUUUUGUUGAUGGUGUCCUGCUGGCAGAGCUGCUUGUGGUUACAUGGUUGUUGGGGCUUUACUUCAGUAAUCUGACCGAGAAGCUUUUGUUUAGGUCGUGGAUGCCCAAUACUUUACCACAACCAUGUUCUACUUGUUAGAUACACAUUCAGUAUCAUUUUCUUACCCUCCAAGCAACAGAUGACUGAAGAGUCUUGAAAAAGGCCUUCCCCUAAACAAGUGGGAGCUUGGUUCCCAGCACUCAAAUGGUUCUUUUGCUGCAGAGUCAGGAUUUUCUCCCAGACACCUUUAGUUCCUCUGAAGGCUUCCUCUCUUUUCCCCCUUGUAACUAACUCUACAGGAGAGGCCAGGCUCUGGUAAGUCUGCACUUCACUUAGGACUGGUUUCACAACCAGUCCCAGGAAAUAAAAUGUUGUCAAGUUCUACAGUUUUCACAGAUGUAUUUUGUUGUAAUAUCAAAGCUUGCAGUGACCAAUUGUUGUCCAGGCUAACAGUCUCCAAAGAAACUUGAGGCACGGUAACGUGUUGCAUCUGCACCCCUUGAGGGCUUCUUCCUUAUACCUCCUGGAAGGCUCCAUCAGAUUCUGCUGGGAAAAUGUUCACUUAACAGAUGGUGAUAGGACAACUGUUCAAAAAUAACUCAAACACAGGGCAGUGCUCUUAUGCCAAGGAGAAGUUUGUUUUUCCCUGUUCUGAGGAGCCCUAAAGUCAAUACAAAAUGCUUUACAGUGUUGAGGGCACCGUUGACUGAUCAAGUUUUCGUCUUCUUAGCAGAUGUACAAAGCAAAGAGAACUGUAUGAUAUAUUUUUGAACUUCCUAUGAAUGCACUCUCACAAGCAGCAAAGUGUACCUGCAGUUAUCCUAGUUUCAUGGCUCUGAUCUAGACACUUUGGUAUGUGUACAGUUUUGUUUCAGCUGCUGUAGGAAUGCAGAAGCAUGCUACUGAAGUUUUGUAUCAUCUCGAUAAAGUGAACGUUUUGCCAAGCAAUUAAAGUGAAGUGUUGCUCAGAAGUCUGUGGUGUGAUG